GAGAGGGGUGGGCGGGCUGCUCUCCCGGCAUUGGCGCUCUGCAGUGCAGUCAAGUGUUAGCCCAGCUCCCUAUAUGGUCGGGGAUUAGCUCGGGCGCUGCUGAGGCUGAGCGAGGAGCGGGAGGAGGAGGAGGAGGAGGACCAGGAGGAGGAGGAGGAGGAGAAGGAGGAGGAGAAAGAGCAGCGGCAGAGCGGCGGUCGGCGCACGCCGCUGCCUGGGGGGAAACAGAGGCGCCCGAGCCUGGGGCUCCGCGCACGCCUCGGGGAGCCAUGGCCGAAGCGGGAGAAGCGGGCGAGGAUGAGAUCCAGUUCCUGCGGACUGAGGAUGAAGUGGUACUCCAGUGCAUCGCAAAUAUUCACAAGGAACAACGGAAGUUCUGCCUGGCAGCCGAGGGACUUGGGAAUCGCCUGUGCUUCUUGGAACCCACCUCAGAAGCUAAGUACAUUCCUCCAGAUCUCUGUGUCUGCAAUUUCGUGCUGGAACAGUCCUUAUCUGUCAGAGCACUGCAAGAAAUGCUUGCGAACACCAUUGAAAAUGGCGGAGAAGGGGCAGCACAAGGGGGUGGCCACAGGACCCUGCUCUAUGGUCAUGCAAUUCUCCUGCGGCACUCCUUCAGUGGAAUGUACCUCACGUGCUUGACCACAUCACGAUCCCAGACAGAUAAACUUGCCUUUGAUGUUGGUCUGCGGGAACAUGCCACAGGAGAGGCCUGCUGGUGGACCAUACACCCUGCUUCCAAACAGAGGUCUGAAGGAGAGAAAGUACGAAUUGGAGAUGACCUUAUCCUCGUCAGUGUGUCCUCUGAAAGAUACCUUCAUCUCUCGAUCUCAAAUGGCAGCAUCCAAGUGGAUGCCUCCUUCAUGCAGACGCUCUGGAAUGUGCAUCCUACGUGUUCGGGCAGUAGCAUUGAAGAAGGAUACCUACUUGGCGGGCAUGUAGUUCGUCUUUUCCAUGGUCACGAUGAGUGUUUGACGAUACCAUCUACAGAUCAGAAUGAUUCUCAGCACAGGAGGGUAUUCUAUGAAGCUGGAGGAGCUGGGACCAGAGCCAGGUCUCUAUGGAGAGUGGAACCCCUUCGGAUAAGCUGGAGUGGCAGUAACAUCAGGUGGGGCCAGGCUUUCCGACUCCGGCACCUGACCACGGGCCACUACCUGGCCUUGACAGAAGACCAAGGCCUUCUUCUGCAAGACCGGGGAAAAUCAGACACCAAGUCCACAGCCUUCACCUUCCGGGCAUCAAAGGAAAUCAAGGAAAAAUUGGAUUCCAGUCACAAGAGAGAUAUGGAAGGCAUGGGAGUUCCAGAAAUCAAGUAUGGGGAUUCUGUCUGCUUUGUCCAGCAUGUAGCCAGUGGCCUUUGGGUGACCUACAAAGCACAGGAUGCCAAAACCUCCCGUCUGGGACCUCUGAAAAGAAAGGUCAUACUCCAUCAGGAAGGCCACAUGGAUGACGGAUUAACACUGCAGAGAUGCCAGCAGGAGGAGUCCCAGGCUGCUCGCAUCAUCCGGAACACAACCGCCUUAUUCAGCCAGUUUGUAAGUGGAAACAAUCGGACAGCUGCUCCUGUCGCCUUGCCAAUAGAAGAGGUCCUGCAGACCCUACAGGACUUAAUUGCCUACUUCCAGCCCCCAGAGGAGGAGAUGCAGCAUGAAGACAAACAGAAUAAGCUCCGCUCUCUCAAAAACAGACAGAAUCUUUUCAAAGAGGAGGGAAUGUUGGCCUUGGUAUUGAAUUGCAUUGAUCGCUUGAACAUCUACAAUAGUGUAGCACACUUUGCAGGGAUCGUGAGGGAAGAGAGUGGCAUGGCCUGGAAAGAGAUUCUGAACCUGCUGUACAAAUUGCUGGCGGCUCUCAUUCGUGGGAACAGAAACAACUGUGCUCAGUUCUCCAAUAACCUUGAUUGGUUAAUUAGUAAGUUGGACAGACUAGAAUCUUCCUCAGGUAUCCUGGAGGUCUUGCACUGCAUCUUGACUGAAAGCCCAGAAGCCUUAAACCUAAUAGCAGAGGGCCACAUAAAAUCCAUCAUCUCCCUGCUAGAUAAGCACGGGCGGAAUCACAAGGUUCUUGAUGUCCUGUGCUCCCUCUGUCUCUGCAAUGGGGUCGCAGUAAGAGCCAACCAGAAUCUCAUUUGUGACAACCUACUGCCCCGGAGAAACCUGCUCCUGCAGACACGGCUAAUUAAUGAUGUCACCAGUAUCCGACCAAACAUCUUCCUGGGAGUUGCCGAAGGCUCGCCACAGUACAAGAAGUGGUACUUCGAGUUAAUUAUCGACCAGGUGGAGCCUUUCCUAACAGCAGAGCCCACACAUCUGCGGGUGGGCUGGGCCUCCUCUUCAGGCUAUGCCCCAUACCCUGGAGGUGGAGAAGGAUGGGGAGGCAAUGGCGUUGGUGAUGACCUGUACUCCUAUGGUUUUGAUGGACUUCAUCUUUGGUCAGGCCGGAUACCCAGAGCUGUAGCCUCCAUCAACCAGCACCUGCUGAAGUCAGAUGAUGUGGUGAGCUGCUGCCUUGACCUUGGAGUACCCAGCAUUUCUUUCCGAAUCAAUGGACAGCCUGUGCAGGGGAUGUUUGAGAAUUUCAACACAGAUGGACUCUUCUUCCCAGUGAUGAGCUUUUCAGCUGGUGUCAAAGUACGCUUUCUGAUGGGUGGUCGGCAUGGAGAAUUUAAGUUCCUGCCUCCCUCUGGCUAUGCCCCUUGCUAUGAAGCCUUACUUCCAAAGGAGAAGAUGAGAUUGGAGCCUGUCAAAGAAUAUAAGCGUGAUGCUGAUGGUGUUAGGGAUCUGUUGGGCACCACUCAGUUCCUCUCGCAAGCCUCCUUCAUCCCAUGCCCCAUAGACACCAGUCAGGUUGUUCUGCCACUUCACCUAGAGAAGAUCCGAGACAGACUGGCUGAAAACAUCCACGAGCUUUGGGGAAUGAAUAAAAUAGAACUCGGCUGGACUUACGGCAAAAUACGGGAUGACAACAAAAGACAACACCCCUGUCUCGUGGAGUUCUCAAAGCUCCCUGAAACUGAGAAGAAUUAUAACCUGCAAAUGUCAACUGAAACCUUGAAAACCUUGCUGGCCCUAGGAUGCCACAUUGCCCAUAUAAACCCGGCUGCAGAAGAGGAGCUAAAGAAAGUCAAACUGCCCAAAAACUAUAUGAUGUCCAAUGGCUAUAAGCCAGCCCCUUUGGACUUAUCUGAUGUGAAGCUCUUACCACCUCAAGAAAUUUUAGUGGAUAAACUUGCAGAAAAUGCACACAAUGUUUGGGCAAAGGACAGAAUAAAGCAAGGAUGGACCUAUGGCAUUCAACAGGAUCUGAAGAACAAAAGAAAUCCCCGUCUGGUGCCGUAUGCAUUACUAGAUGAACGCACCAAGAAAUCAAACAGGGACAGCCUGCGUGAAGCCGUGCGGACGUUUGUUGGUUAUGGAUAUAGCAUUGAGCCAUCAGACCAAGAACUAGUCGCUGACCCCACUGUCGAGAAGGUCAGCAUAGACAAGAUCCGAUUUUUCCGGGUAGAACGGUCCUAUGCAGUGAAGUCUGGAAAGUGGUACUUUGAAUUUGAAGUGGUGACUGGAGGGGACAUGCGUGUUGGCUGGGCCAGGCCAGGCUGUCGCCCUGACAUCGAGCUGGGUGCUGAUGACCAAGCCUUCGUGUUUGAAGGCAGCAGGGGUCAGCGUUGGCAUCAAGGCAGUGGGUAUUUUGGACGAACUUGGCAGCCUGGAGAUGUGGUUGGAUGUAUGAUUAACCUGGAUGAUGCCUCCAUGAUCUUCACACUGAAUGGGGAGCUGCUCAUCACUAGCAAAGGCUCAGAACUUGCCUUCGCUGACUAUGAGAUUGAGAACGGGUUUGUGCCUAUUUGCUCACUGGGGCUGUCGCAGAUUGGCCGCAUGAACCUUGGGACAGAUGCCAGUACCUUCAAGUUUUACACCAUGUGUGGUCUCCAGGAGGGCUUUGAGCCUUUCGCAGUGAACAUGAACCGAGACAUUGCAGUGUGGUUCAGCAAGCGCCUCCCAACAUUUGUGAAUGUCCCGAAGGAUCAUCCCCACAUUGAGGUUGUGAGGAUUGAUGGCACCAUGGACAGCCCUCCGUGCCUCAAGGUGACCCACAAGACAUUCGGCACACAGAACAGCAAUGCCAACAUGAUCUACUGCCGCCUGAGCAUGCCUGUCGAGUGCCACUCCUCUUUCAGCCACAGCCCCUGUCUAGACAGUGAAGCCUUCCAAAAGAGGAAACAGAUGCAAGAAAUACUCUCUCAUACAACAACACAAUGCUACUAUGCCAUCCGCAUUUUUGCUGGGCAGGACCCAUCAUGUGUCUGGGUUGGAUGGGUGACUCCAGACUAUCAUUUGUACAGUGAGAAGUUUGACCUGAAUAAAAACUGUACUGUGACUGUCACCCUGGGUGAUGAAAGAGGCCGGGUCCAUGAAAGUGUGAAACGCAGCAAUUGUUACAUGGUCUGGGGUGGGGACAUUGUAGCCAGUUCUCAAAGAUCAAGUCGGAGCAAUGUAGACCUGGAGAUCGGCUGCCUUGUAGAUCUGGCAAUGGGCAUGCUGUCCUUCUCAGCUAACGGGAAGGAACUUGACACCUGCUACCAGGUAGAGCCUAACACCAAAGUAUUUCCAGCCGUCUUCCUCCAGCCUACAAGCACUUCCUUGUUUCAGUUCGAACUUGGAAAACUGAAGAAUGCAAUGCCCUUGUCAGCAGCCAUAUUUAAGAGUGAAGAGAAGAAUCCCAUCCCACAGUGUCCACCUCGGCUGGAUGUCCAAACCAUCCAGCCUGUGCUCUGGAGUCGAAUGCCCAGCAGCUUCCUCAAAGUGGAGACAGAGCGGGUGAGCGAGCGCCAUGGCUGGGUGGUGCAGUGCCUAGAACCCCUGCAAAUGAUGGCACUCCACAUCCCUGAGGAGAACAGGUGUGUGGACAUCCUGGAGCUCUGUGAGCAGGAAGACCUGAUGCAGUUCCAUUACCACACACUGAGACUUUACAGUGCUGUGUGUGCCCUGGGAAACAGCCGAGUUGCCUACGCCCUGUGCAGCCACGUGGACCUCUCACAGCUCUUCUAUGCCAUUGACAACAAGUACUUGCCUGGUCUCCUUCGCUCUGGUUUCUAUGACCUGCUCAUUAGCAUCCACCUGGCCAAUGCUAAGGAGAGGAAGCUGAUGAUGAAGAACGAGUAUAUCAUCCCCAUCACUAGCACCACCAGGAAUAUCCGCCUAUACCCAGAUGAGUCCAAGAGGCAUGGACUGCCUGGGGUAGGCCUGAGGACGUGCCUCAAGCCAGGUUUCAGGUCCUCUACCCCUUGCUUCGUAGUGACUAAUGAGGAGCAUCAGAAGCAGAGCCCUGAGAUCCCCUUGGAGAUUCUCAAGACAAAGGCCCUGAGCAUGCUGACAGAGUCUGUGCAUUGUAGUGGGGCACACAUCCGAGACCCUGUUGGGGGUUCUGUAGAGUUCCAGUUUGUGCCCGUACUAAAACUCAUUGGAACCCUGCUAGUCAUGGGUGUUUUUGAUGAUGACGAUGUUCGCCAGAUUCUCCUCCUGAUUGAUCCCUCUGUGUUUGGGGAGCACGGUGGGGAAACAGAGGAGGGAGCAGAAAAAGAAGUGACCCAUGUAGAGGAAAAGGCAGUGGAGGCUGGAGAAAAAGCCAGCAAGGAGGCUCCAGUCAAAGGCUUGCUGCAGACCCGGUUACCCGAGUCUGUCAAGCUGCAGAUGUGUGAACUCCUCAGCUACCUCUGUGACUGCGAGCUGCAGCACCGAGUGGAGGCCAUUGUAGCAUUUGGUGACAUCUACGUGUCCAAGCUUCAGGCAAAUCAGAAGUUCCGUUACAAUGAGCUCAUGCAGGCCCUGAACAUGUCUGCAGCCCUAACUGCCCGGAAGACGAGGGAGUUCCGCUCACCACCCCAGGAGCAGAUCAACAUGCUCCUCAACUUUCACCUGGGAGAGAACUGCCCCUGCCCAGAGGAGAUCCGUGAGGAGCUGUACGACUUCCACGAGGACCUUCUGGUUCACUGCGGGGUUCCCUUGGAAGAAGAGGAAGAGGAGGAGGAGGACACUUCCUGGACAGGAAAACUGCGUGCUUUGGUGUAUAAAAUCAAGGGCUCACCCAAGCCAGAAAAGGAGCAGCCAAAAGAGGAAAAUGAACAGUAUCCCACAACCCUGAAGGAACUAGUCUCACAGACAAUGAUCCGCUGGGCCCAGGAGAACCAAAUCCAGGAUGCAGAGCUGGUCAGGAUGAUGUUCAACCUCCUGAGGAGACAGUAUGACAGCAUCGGGGAGUUGCUACAGGCUCUGAGAAAGACCUACACCAUCAGCCAGGCCUCCGUGAGCGACACGAUCAACCUGCUGGCUGCCCUGGGCCAGAUCCGGUCCCUGCUUAGUGUCAGGAUGGGCAAGGAAGAGGAGCUUCUGAUGAUCAACGGGCUAGGGGACAUAAUGAACAACAAAGUGUUUUACCAGCACCCCAACCUUAUGAGAGUCCUCGGCAUGCAUGAGACGGUGAUGGAAGUGAUGGUGAAUGUACUGGGUACAGAGAAAUCGCAGAUUGCCUUCCCAAAGAUGGUUGCUAGCUGCUGUCGCUUCCUUUGCUAUUUCUGUCGAAUUAGCCGACAAAAUCAGAAGGCUAUGUUUGAGCACCUAAGUUACCUGCUGGAGAACAGCAGCGUGGGCCUAGCUUCCCCGUCGAUGAGGGGGUCCACCCCACUGGAUGUGGCAGCCUCCUCUGUGAUGGACAAUAACGAGUUAGCACUAGGCCUAGAAGAACCAGAUCUUGAGAAGGUCGUAACCUACUUGGCGGGUUGUGGCCUUCAGAGCUGCCCCAUGCUUCUGGCCAAAGGAUACCCUGACGUGGGCUGGAACCCCAUCGAAGGGGAACGUUACCUGUCCUUCCUGAGGUUUGCCGUCUUCGUCAACAGUGAAAGUGUGGAGGAAAAUGCCAGUGUGGUGGUCAAGCUGCUCAUCAGACGUCCGGAGUGCUUUGGCCCAGCUCUGAGGGGUGAAGGAGGAAAUGGACUGCUGGCAGCUAUGCAGGGUGCCAUUAAGAUCUCAGAGAACCCUGCCCUCGACCUCCCCUCCCAGGGUUACAAGACAGAACUCACAGAGGAUGAUGAAGAGGAGGAAGAGAUUGUGCACAUGGGCAAUGCAAUUAUGUCCUUUUAUUCAGCUCUUAUAGAUCUAUUGGGCCGCUGUGCUCCUGAGAUGCAUCUCAUCCAAACAGGGAAAGGGGAAGCCAUCCGGAUCCGGUCCAUCCUGCGCUCCCUGGUCCCCACAGAAGACCUGGUUGGGAUCAUCAGCAUUCCCCUGAAACUGCCCUCCCUCAACAAAGAUGGGUCAGUCAGCGAGCCAGACAUGGCAGCCAACUUCUGCCCUGAUCACAAGGCCCCCAUGGUGCUGUUCUUGGACCGUGUUUAUGGCAUUAAAGAUCAAACCUUCCUGCUCCACUUGCUGGAAGUUGGGUUUUUACCUGACUUGCGAGCUUCUGCGUCUCUAGAUACAGUGUCCCUCAGCACCACAGAGGCUGCGCUGGCACUGAAUAGGUACAUAUGUUCAGCUGUGCUCCCGCUCCUCACUAGAUGCGCCCCUCUCUUUUCUGGGACGGAGCACAGCACUUCUCUGAUCGAUUCUACGCUGCAGACAAUAUACAGGCUUUCCAAAGGACGGUCCCUCACCAAGGCACAGAGGGACACCAUAGAAGAAUGUUUGCUUGCCAUUUGCAAUCACUUGAGACCUUCCAUGUUACAGCAACUUCUACGCCGUCUGGUGUUUGACGUGCCGCAGCUCAGCGAGUACUGCAAAAUGCCUCUUAAGCUUCUGACUAAUCAUUAUGAGCAGUGCUGGAAGUAUUACUGCCUGCCUUCGGGAUGGGGGAGCUACGGGCUGGCUGUGGAGGAGGAGCUGCACCUCACCGAGAAGCUCUUCUGGGGGAUUUUUGACUCCCUCUCCCACAAGAAAUAUGAGCUGGAUCUCUUCCGAAUGGCCCUGCCUUGUCUCAGUGCAAUUGCUGGGGCCUUGCCACCGGACUACUUAGAUACAAGAAUCACAGCCACAUUGGAGAAGCAGGUCUCCGUGGAUGCAGAUGGAAACUUUGACCCCAAACCUAUCAACACCAUGAAUUUUUCCUUGCCUGAAAAAUUGGAAUACAUUGUCACCAAGUAUGCUGAACAUUCUCAUGAUAAAUGGGCCUGUGACAAGAGUCACAGUGGAUGGAAAUAUGGGAUUUCUCUGGAUGAAAACGUGAAGACCCACCCACUUAUACGGCCCUUCAAGACACUAACAGAGAAGGAGAAGGAAAUUUAUCGUUGGCCUGCCAGAGAGUCCCUGAAAACCAUGCUGGCUGUGGGCUGGACGGUGGAAAGGACCAAAGAAGGAGAAGCUUUGGUUCAACAAAGAGAGAAUGAGAAACUUCGAUGUGUAUCCCAGACCAAUCAGGGCAACAGCUACAGCCCUUCUCCUCUAGACCUUUCAAAUGUUGUGCUGUCCAGGGAGCUCCAGGGAAUGGUAGAGGUGGUGGCUGAAAACUAUCACAAUAUCUGGGCCAAGAAGAAGAAGUUGGAGCUAGAGAGCAAAGGUGGUGGCAGUCACCCUCUUUUGGUUCCAUAUGACACCUUGACUGCCAAGGAAAAGUUCAGGGAUCGAGAGAAAGCACAGGACCUGUUCAAAUUCCUCCAGGUGAAUGGCAUUAUAGUUUCUAGAGGUAUGAAGGAUAUGGAGCUAGAUGCCUCCUCCAUGGAAAAGAGAUUUGCCUACAAGUUUUUGAAAAAGAUCCUGAAAUAUGUUGACUCUGCUCAAGAGUUUAUUGCUCACUUGGAAGCCAUUGUCAGCAGUGGGAAAACGGAAAAGUCUCCCCAUGACCAGGAGAUCAAAUUCUUUGCCAAAGUUCUCCUCCCAUUGGUUGACCAGUACUUCACCAACCACCGCCUUUACUUUCUGUCAUCUCCUCUGAAGCCACUGAGCAGCAGUGGGUACGCAUCCCAUAAAGAGAAGGAAAUGGUGGCCAGCCUGUUCUGCAAGCUGGCCGCUCUUGUGAGACACAGGAUUUCCCUCUUUGGGAGUGAUUCAACUACAAUGGUGAGCUGUCUUCACAUCCUAGCUCAGACACUUGACACAAGGACCGUAAUGAAGUCAGGCUCAGAGCUGGUGAAAGCCGGGUUGCGCGCAUUCUUUGAAAAUGCAGCGGAAGACUUAGAGAAGACCUCAGAAAACCUGAAGCUGGGGAAGUUUACCCACUCCAGAACGCAGAUCAAAGGUGUUUCUCAGAGUAUUAACUACACCACAGUGGCUCUGCUUCCCAUCCUGACAUCCAUCUUUGAGCACAUCGCUCAGCACCAGUUUGGGGUGGAUCUACUCUUGAGUGACGUGCAGAUUUCCUGCUACCACAUUCUGUGCAGCCUCUAUUCCCUCGGGACUGGGAAAAAUAUCUAUGUUGAAAGGCAACGUCCCGCUCUUGGAGAAUGUCUGGCUUCCCUGGCAGCUGCUAUCCCGGUGGCAUUUCUGGAGCCCAGCCUUAACCGCUUUAAUCCCCUCUCAGUCUUCAACACCAAAACUCCCAGGGAGCGGUCUAUUCUGGGCAUGCCCGACAAGGUGGAAGACAUGUGUCCUGACAUCCCCCAGCUGGAAGGCCUGAUGAAGGAAAUCAAUGGCUUGGCAGAGUCGGGUGCCCGCUAUACUGAGAUGCCCCAUGUCAUUGAAGUGACCUUGCCCAUGCUCUGCAACUACCUGUCGUACUGGUGGGAGCGGGGACCUGAGAGCCUGCCCCCCAGCACAGGCCCCUGCUGCACCAAGGUCACCUCCGAACACCUCAGCCUUAUCCUGGGCAACAUCCUGAAAAUCAUCAACAACAACCUGGGCAUCGAUGAGGCCUCCUGGAUGAAGCGCAUUGCAGUGUAUGCCCAGCCAAUCAUCAGCAAAGCCAGGCCUGACCUGCUGCGAAGCCACUUCAUCCCCACCUUGGAGAAGCUAAAGAAGAAGGCAGUGAAGACUGUACAGGAAGAGGAGCAGCUGAAGACUGAUGGCAAGGGGGACACCCAGGAGGCUGAGCUUCUCAUCCUAGACGAGUUUGCUGUCCUCUGCAGGGACCUCUAUGCCUUCUACCCCAUGCUGAUCCGCUAUGUGGACAACAACAGAUCUAACUGGCUCAAAAGCCCGGAUUCGGAUUCUGACCAGCUCUUCCGCAUGGUGGCUGAGGUCUUCAUUCUGUGGUGUAAAUCUCACAACUUCAAGAGGGAAGAGCAAAAUUUUGUGAUUCAAAAUGAAAUUAAUAACUUGGCAUUUUUAACUGGAGACAGCAAAAGCAAGAUGUCAAAAGCCAUGCAAGUAAAGUCUGGAGGUCAGGACCAGGAACGGAAGAAGACAAAGAGGCGAGGAGACUUGUAUUCCAUCCAGACCUCCCUCAUCGUGGCUGCACUCAAGAAAAUGCUGCCCAUUGGCCUGAACAUGUGUACUCCAGGCGACCAGGAGCUCAUCUCUCUCGCAAAAUCACGAUACAGCUGUAGGGACACUGACGAAGAGGUCAAGGAACACCUUCGGAACAACCUGCACCUGCAGGAAAAGUCUGAUGACCCAGCUGUGAAAUGGCAACUGAACCUCUACAAAGAUGUUCUGAGGAAUGAAGAGCCUUCUAAUCCGGAAAAGACGGUGGAGCGAGUGCAGAGGAUUUCAGCGGCCCUCUUCCACCUGGAGCAGGUGGAACAGCCUUUGAGGUCCAAAAAGGCUGUAUGGCACAAACUGUUGUCAAAGCAACGGAAACGGGCAGUGGUGGCCUGUUUCAGGAUGGCUCCCCUCUACAAUCUGCCCAGGCACCGCUCUAUUAACCUCUUCCUCCAUGGCUAUCAGAGAUUUUGGAUAGAAACAGAGGCGUAUUCCUUUGAAGAGAAACUAGUACAGGAUUUGGCUAAAUCUCCCAGGGUUGAAGAGGAGGAAGAAGAGGAGGCAGAAAAACAGCCUGACCCACUUCACCAGAUCAUUCUGCAUUUUAGCCGCAAUGCACUCACGGAGAGGAGGUCAGCAUCGCUGUGCUGCUCUUCGCAGAGGCCAGGGAUGACACGCAGUCACACUACUCCUCUGCGCAAAUUGGAAGAUGAUCCUUUGUACACCUCCUAUGCCAGCAUGAUGGCCAAGAGCUGUGAGAGUGGUGAGGAUGAAGAAGAAGAGGAAGACAAAGAAAAAACAUUUGAAGAGAAGGAAAUGGAGAAGCAGAAAACACUCUAUCAGCAAGCUCGGUUGCAUGAGCGUGGUGCUGCAGAGAUGGUCCUUCAGAUGAUAAGUGCCAGCAAAGGUGAGAUGAGCCCCAUGGUGGUGGAGACGCUGAAGCUAGGGAUUGCCAUUCUGAACGGAGGCAAUGCUGGUGUUCAACAGAAAAUGCUAGAUUACUUAAAGGAGAAAAAAGAUGCUGGAUUCUUUCAAAGCCUCUCUGGUCUUAUGCAGUCUUGCAGUGUCCUUGAUUUGAAUGCAUUUGAGAGGCAGAAUAAAGCUGAAGGCCUGGGAAUGGUUACAGAAGAAGGGACACUCAUUGUUCGUGAGCGGGGUGAAAAGGUGCUGCAGAAUGAUGAAUUCACACAAGACCUCUUUAGAUUCCUGCAGUUGCUUUGUGAAGGACAUAACAGCGACUUUCAGAACUUCCUGAGGACUCAGAUGGGCAAUACCACCACUGUGAACAUCAUCAUCAGCACUGUGGACUACCUUCUGCGUCUGCAGGAGUCAAUCAGUGAUUUCUAUUGGUACUAUUCAGGAAAAGACAUCAUUGAUGAGUCUGGACAGCACAAUUUCUCCAAAGCUUUGGCAGUCACCAAGCAGAUUUUUAAUUCUCUUACAGAGUACAUCCAGGGCCCUUGUGUCGGGAACCAGCAGAGCCUGGCUCACAGUAGGCUGUGGGAUGCAGUGGUCGGAUUCCUCCAUGUAUUUGCUAACAUGCAGAUGAAGCUUUCUCAGGAUUCCAGUCAGAUCGAGCUGCUGAAGGAACUCUUGGAUCUCCUUCAGGACAUGGUGGUGAUGCUUCUGUCCCUCCUGGAAGGAAACGUGGUAAAUGGGACUAUUGGAAAGCAGAUGGUUGACACGCUGGUUGAGUCGUCUACUAAUGUAGAGAUGAUCUUGAAAUUCUUUGACAUGUUCUUGAAACUUAAAGACUUAACCAGCUCAGACACCUUCAAAGAGUAUGACCCAGAUGGUAAAGGGAUCAUCUCCAGAAAAGAAUUCCAGAAGGCUAUGGAAGGUCUAAAGCAAUACACACAGUCAGAGAUUGACUUUCUCCUUUCGUGUACAGAGGCUGAUGAGAACGACAUGUUUAAUUAUGUGGAUUUUGUAGAGCGGUUCCAUGAGCCAGCCAAAGAUAUAGGGUUCAACGUGGCAGUGUUACUGACAAAUCUCUCUGAACACAUGCCCAAUGAUUCUCGUCUAAAGUGUCUGUUGGACCCAGCAGAAAGUGUGCUAAAUUACUUUGAACCAUACCUGGGUCGAAUUGAGAUCAUGGGUGGGGCCAAGAAAAUUGAGCGUGUGUAUUUUGAGAUCAGUGAAUCCAGUCGAACUCAGUGGGAAAAGCCUCAAGUGAAGGAAUCAAAGCGACAGUUCAUCUUUGAUGUUGUCAAUGAAGGUGGCGAGCAAGAGAAGAUGGAGCUGUUUGUGAACUUCUGUGAGGACACAAUCUUUGAGAUGCAGUUGGCAUCUCAGAUCUCAGAAUCCGACUCAACUGACCGGCCAGAAGAGGAAGAGGAGGAGGGAGAAGAUUCUGCUUAUGCGAUAGAAAUUGAAGGGGAAGAGGAGGAAGACAAGUCUUUCGAGUCUGCCUCUGCAUUUGCCAUGGCCUGCACCUCAGCAAAGAGAAAUGUCACCAACUUUCUGAAGAGGGCAACCCUGAAGAACCUCAGAAAACAGUACAGGAACGUGAAAAAGAUGAGUGCGAAAGAGCUGGUGAAGGUGUUCUUCUCUUUCUUCUGGAUGUUGUUUGUGGGCCUCUUCCAGCUGCUCUUCACUGUCUUGGGAGGAAUCUUGCAGAUCCUCUGGAACACAGUGUUUGGAGGGGGCCUUGUAGAAGGAGCAAAGAACAUCAGAGUGACCAAGAUUCUAGGUGACAUGCCUGACCCCACCCAGUUUGGGAUCCAUGAUGAUGCAAUGGAAACUGACAGGGCAGAAAUGACUGAGCCAGGUGUCACCACUGAGCUGGCCCACUUUGUAAAGGGUGACAUAGGAGAUACAGACAUCAUGUCAGACCUCUUUGGAGUCCACUCAAAGAAAGAAGGUGGCUUAAAGCAAGGGCCUGAGGUGGGAUUAGGUGACCUCUCUGAAAUUAUUGGCAAGGAUGAACCCCCGACAUUAGAGAGUACUGUACGGAAGAAAAGGAAAGCACAGGCAGCAGAGAUGAAAGCAGUGCAUGAAGCAGAAGGAAAAGCUGAAUCUGAAAAGGCCGACAUGGAAUACAGAGAAAAGGAGGACAAGAUCAAGGAGGAGGGGCAAGCAGAUUACCUGUGGGCAGAGGUGACAGUAAAAAGGAGUCGACGGCGAGGUCAAAAGGCUGAGAAGCCAGAGGCCUUCAUGGCCAAUUUCUUCAAAGGGCUGGAAAUCUAUCAGACCAAGUUACUGCACUACCUGGCCAGGAAUUUCUACAACCUGAGGUUCCUUGCUCUGUUUGUAGCCUUCGCUAUCAACUUCAUCCUGCUUUUCUAUAAGGUCACCGAAGAACCUUUGGAGGAAGAGACAGAGGACGUUGCAAACUUGUGGAACUCCUUUAAUGAUGAUGAUGAUGAAGAAGCGAUGGUGUUCUUUGUUCUUCAGGAGAGCACCGGGUAUAUGGCACCAACACUGCGUGCCCUGGCCAUUGUCCACACUGUCAUCUCUCUGGUCUGUGUGGUGGGCUAUUAUUGCCUGAAGGUACCUUUGGUGGUAUUCAAAAGGGAGAAGGAAAUUGCCAGGAAGCUAGAGUUUGAUGGUUUGUAUAUCACCGAGCAGCCAUCUGAAGAUGACAUUAAGGGGCAGUGGGACCGCUUGGUGAUCAACACACCAUCUUUUCCUAAUAACUACUGGGACAAGUUUGUGAAGAGAAAGGUGAUCAACAAGUAUGGAGAUCUCUAUGGAGCAGAACGCAUCGCUGAACUUUUGGGUUUGGACAAAAAUGCCCUUGACUUUAGCCCAGUAGAAGAGACCAAAGCAGAGGCAGCAUCUCUAGUGUCAUGGCUAAGUUCCAUCGACAUGAAGUACCAUAUUUGGAAGCUGGGGGUGGUUUUCACUGACAACUCUUUUCUUUACCUUGCCUGGUACACAACCAUGUCUGUUCUGGGCCACUACAACAACUUCUUCUUUGCUGCUCAUCUGUUGGAUAUUGCAAUGGGCUUUAAGACCUUGAGGACAAUCCUAUCAUCUGUAACUCACAAUGGCAAACAGCUGGUUCUGACUGUUGGCCUCCUGGCUGUGGUUGUCUACCUCUAUACUGUGGUGGCUUUCAACUUCUUCCGCAAGUUCUACAACAAAAGCGAAGAUGAUGAUGAGCCAGAUAUGAAGUGUGAUGACAUGAUGACGUGCUACCUCUUCCACAUGUAUGUGGGAGUGAGGGCAGGUGGCGGCAUUGGUGAUGAAAUUGAAGACCCUGCUGGUGACCCUUAUGAAAUGUAUCGCAUCGUCUUUGAUAUUACCUUCUUCUUCUUUGUCAUUGUCAUCUUGCUGGCCAUCAUUCAAGGUCUUAUUAUUGACGCAUUUGGAGAGCUGAGAGACCAGCAGGAACAAGUACGAGAAGACAUGGAGACUAAAUGCUUCAUCUGUGGCAUUGGCAAUGACUACUUUGACACAACCCCUCAUGGCUUUGAAACACAUACGCUGCAAGAACACAAUUUAGCCAAUUACCUAUUCUUUCUGAUGUAUUUGAUUAACAAGGAUGAAACAGAACACACGGGUCAGGAAUCCUACGUGUGGAAGAUGUACCAGGAAAGGUGUUGGGACUUCUUCCCAGCUGGAGACUGCUUUCGUAAGCAAUAUGAAGAUCAGCUCGGGUAAACCUGAGUUUAAGAUGAGCCACAGUUCUGGACAGUCACCAUCUAAUGCAACAGAAUCCUUCUUUAACAAACACACAAACAAAAACUGUAUUUGGAAACCAGUUUGGCUUUUGUGCCCAAUGGACACAUAACGAUGGCAAAGUGUCAAGGACUCCACCUGACUGCUCGCAGAGCCCUCGGUUCUAAAAGCAACUAGUUUAUUGGGAGGGUUCAGAGAAAUGUGAAGUCUUGAAUGUCAUGCAAGAGGACCCCGCCAGGGACCGAUCGGUGGGCAGAACUACACAAAACUAUGUUCAACUCAUGAGAUCUAAUUUUUCCAUGGUACUUGCUAGUGACUGUAUCCAGAAUCGGCCUGAAAAGCUUUAAGCAGCUAAGGAAAUAGAAAACAAACACUUUGUCGAAACUGAAAUAUCGAUUAAGUGCCUUAAAAAUCUCUUUAGAUAUAGCUAUGCAAGUUUUUUAUGUUUGUGUUCCAGAAGGACAACUCCAUUAAACAGCUGUGCUGAUCUUCUGUCUUACUUUAUGAAACUGCACUUGAAGGUUAUUCACAUAAUUUCUUCAGUGACAGCUUGUUGGCUGCUGUUAUUUGAAGAAAGACACUGUACUGAAAUUUCAGAAAAAUCUGUCUUAUACCAAACUUGAGUGAUGCUUUAUAGUCCUGUGUAAGUAGUGGAGCCGCCAUGUUUUAGGUCAAUCUCCUCCAAUAAAAUCAAGUGCCCACUGCAAUAAA